UGUCCGUCGAGUUCUCUAUCAGAUCAGCCGUUCGCGUUUGCGCUACGUGCAGUGGCUGACAUCGAUAUGUCAAUACUUGUAAAGCACGAAAUUUUUUAAAAAAGGCGGUAUAAUGUCGUAGAAGUACGCGAAGAUACUCAUAAAGUAAUCGUAGUUGCGAUAGUGAUUAGGUUAUGAAAAAGUCGAACAAAUACAGGACAGGUGUGGGUAACAUUUCAACGGUGUGUUUGUCCGAGGUGAAGAGGGACCGUGAGGACCUCGAAGACAGUCUUCCGACCUUUUACAUGAAGGAACAGGAUAUUCCGGAAUAUUUGGAAGGCUGUGGUCUAACCACCUGUACAGCCGACAUGCCGGAGGAUGUGGAUGUCCUACGGGACAACAAGGAACAGACGAAGGAGAAAAAGUUAUCAUCCGCGUCCAUAGCAGGUCCCGAUACCAAGAAAACAGUAACUGUCAAGCAUCCUGAAUCGAAUAAACCGAAACCGACCACGAAAAAAGGCAAACCGAUUCAAGCUGAUUUAGACGUUUCCAAGGAGUUCAUACGAUGUAGAGACGAGUGCGUGAAACGGUUGGAUUUAAGUAAAUCCAGCAUCACCAAUCUGCCCAGUACAGUACGAGAGCUGACGCAUUUAGUCGAAUUUUAUCUGUACGGAAACAAACUCGUGACAUUACCGACGGAGAUUGGUUAUCUCGCGAAUUUGAAAACGUUGGCUUUAAGCGAGAAUUCCAUCACCAGUUUGCCGAAUACGUUAGAAAAUUUGAAGUCGUUAAGGGUGCUCGAUUUGAGGCAUAAUAAAUUAAGCGAGAUACCCGACGUCGUUUAUAAAUUAACUAAUUUAACGACUCUAUUUUUACGCUUCAAUCGCGUCAGAUAUGUCAGUGACAACAUUCGAAAUUUGACAAACUUGACAAUGUUGAGCUUAAGGGAGAACAAAAUCAAGGAACUCCCAGCAGGUAUCGGCAAGUUGGUCAAUUUGAUAACAUUUGAUGUGUCUCACAAUCAUUUGGAGCAUCUACCUGAAGAGAUUGGAAAUUGCAUUCAAUUGUCUACGCUUGAUCUACAACACAAUGAGCUUCUGGAUAUUCCAGAUACAAUUGGGAAUUUAGUUUCUUUAACAAGAUUAGGUCUUAGGUAUAAUAGAUUAACCAAUAUUCCAAAAUCAUUGGCAAAUUGUAAAUUAAUGGAUGAAUUCAGCGUCGAAGGAAACCAAGUAUCUCAAUUGCCAGAUGGAUUACUAGCAAGUCUUUCUGAUCUGACAUCAAUCACCUUAUCCAGAAAUGCCUUCACUGCAUAUCCAUCAGGAGGACCAGCCCAGUUUACGAAUGUUUAUUCUAUCAAUCUUGAACAUAAUAAGAUUGAUAAAAUACCAUAUGGUAUUUUCUCUAGAGCAAAGAAUUUGACAAAAUUAAAUAUGAAAGAAAAUCAGUUGACUGCUCUACCAUUAGAUAUUGGCACAUGGGUCAAUAUGGUUGAAUUGAACUUAGGUACAAAUCAGUUAACAAAGAUUCCAGAUGAUAUUCAAUGCCUUCAGAGUUUAGAAAUCUUAAUACUUUCUAAUAAUUUGUUAAAACGUAUUCCUGCCAGUAUAGCAAACUUACGGAAACUCAGAGUUUUGGAUCUUGAAGAAAAUAAGAUUGAGUCUUUACCAAAUGAAAUUGGGUUUUUAAGGGACUUGCAAAAAUUAAUUUUGCAGAGUAAUCAGGUGACUUCUUUACCCAGAGCAAUUGGUCAUCUGACAAAUUUAACAUAUUUAAGUGUAGGAGAGAAUAACCUCAACUAUCUACCCGAAGAAAUUGGUACACUAGAAAAUUUAGAUUCAUUGUAUGUAAAUGAUAAUGCAAACUUACAUAAUUUGCCAUUUGAAUUAGCUCUAUGCACAAAUCUCAGUAUUAUGUCAAUUGAAAAUUGUCCACUUUCACAAAUUCCACCAGAAAUAGUUGCUGGAGGCCCUUCCUUAGUGAUCCAAUUUUUAAAAAUGCAAGGACCUUAUCGAUCUAUGUAACAAAAUUAGAAAAUUGUCUCUCAUAUGACUUAGAUGUCGAUUCUUAAUAAGAGUGACACAGAUACAACUGAUAUUUGAUACGAAUAUUUAUUAACUUAAAUUCUCACCAUAAUGAUCUCACAUUAAUAAAAAUUAUAUAAAUAUUAUUGGUAUAUAAUAUAUGAAA